AUGACCUGGUUGAGAAAGGAGUUGGAAAAGCAGGAAAUGGAGCUGGAAAAGGAGGAGGAGGAGAAAAUUAGCUUUUCUAAUCAAUCCCGGAUUCUUCUUGAAGAAAAGUUGCUCGGAUACCAAAGAUUUAGAGUCAGCUUUCUUGCUACGGCACUCAUCGUGCCACCUGCAUUCAAAGAGCUUUGCCGUCAUGGAGAUCGCAAACCAGACAGCUUACUUGAAAGUUACGAAGCUGAUCCUUAUAAAGAUGAAAACUUUGAUGGAACAUUAACCGACAAUGGCAGGAAGCGGGAACUUGAUCUGGGUAAAUUUCUUCGUUCUAAAUACAAUGAAUUUUUGGGAUCUACUUACGUGCCUGGAUGUAUAGAAGCUAGAAGCACGAACGCUAAUCGUACAAAAGAAUCUGCAAAUUUAAUUUUGGAGGGUUUGUAUCCAGGAGCGGUGAUACCUGUAAUAUCGAAGUUUCAACUGAAUGAUGCCCUGCUUUACCCACAAUUAUGUCCUGGAUACUUAAAAAAUUACUUGGAAGCAAAAUCAGACACAAGGAAAGAGCGGGAAGAAUUGAAAGAAUGCAUGGAACAUUUGACGAACUCGACAGGCCAAACAAUCAAUUCCACGCUUGAUAUGUAUCUUCUUUACGUGACUUUAGACGCCGAACAUUGUAUGAAUUUUGAACUACCAUCUUGGACUAGUGAUAUCUAUCCAGAUGGCGAUCUUUUGAAAGGAACACUUCUCGAAUUUCAUAUACAAAACUAUAACGAAAAAAUGAUAAUUAAAAACGGGGGCAAGUUUAUUAACAAAAUCAGAGAAGAUAUGGAAUCUGUAAAAAGUGGAGAAAUGGAUAAAAACCGAAAACUAAUGUUAUACGUCGCUCAUGAUCUAAACAUUGUUGCCGUUCUCAAAGGUUUAGAUGUCUUCGAUCCACAUGUACCCAAAUAUUCAGCAUCUUUGAUUCUGGAAUUGCAUCUUAUUGAUGAAACUUAUCAUGUGAAGAUUGAAUAUUACUUGGGCAUGCCAGCUGAGCUGAAAACUUUACAAAUUCCUGGAUGCGCAGAAAUAUGCCCAUUAGAUCAAUUUUCCACACUGAUGGAAAAAUAUAUUCCAUCCGGCUUUGAUUGGUUAUGCGACAAAAUGCGAGGUUUUGGUAAUCUUGUAGAGGCAUUUUCUGAAACUGUUGAAAAAUUUAAACAAUUAUUCGGCAAAUAAACUAUAAUUAAAGUUCUGUCCAAUUAAUUAUUCUAUACAUUUUUCAAAUAUGCAAAAAAACUUAAGUGUGGUUUAAAUUUAAUAAAUAAAAUUUAUACGGAAAAAAGUAA